UCCCAGGGUCCUUAGCUUAGUGAUGAGCUUUGAGGGCACUAUGGUGUUGAACACUGAGCUGUAGUCAAUGAAAAGCAGACGUAUGCAGCAUUUACCAUGAAUGCGAUCUCCGUGAACUCGUGAACAUUGCCUUUAAAAGCCGCAUUGCCUAUUACUCGCAAUCGGAUUUAAUCCCUGGUUUAGACUCCAUAUUCUACAUGUUUAUUGUUUUUCAAUAAACAAUUUAAAUUAACAUUCAAAUUUCAUGAUAGAGAAAUUGAAUGUCAUUUGAAGAUAAAGUGGCUUGCUUACUGGUGAAGAGUGGCCACUAGGGCCCCUCCUUCACUAUAUGAAAACAGUGUCUUCAUGAUUUAUGAUUGGUUGUCAUUCUAUAUUGUAUAAGGCCUAUUCUUUAAAAUCCACAAAGAAAUCAAAAUGCUAGCUGAUCCCAUAGAUUUCCAUUCGUUGCGCUAAUGCUAGUUAGCAUUCCCUCCAGAAACUACCUUCAACUUCCUUUAAACUGCAUGCAGAGACAUAAAAAUGGUAUCCAUGAGUUCAUCUGACUCUGGGUAAGUAGAACAAUUGCCAAAAUCUCAAACUAUUCCUUUAAGUGAAUUUCAAAGUUAUGGGCCUUUCAGAAUUCAGUGUUCCAAACAACCUCAAUUUCUGAUAUGUUCGUAUCUCAGAUGUCCUACUGUACAUUUGGGAUCAAUUGAAAGAAGCAUUACUAACUAGCCACGGCUCUAAAUGGGAACACAUCAAGUCUAUAACGUUUGUCUGAUUUAUGCCAUAACCUAUUGACAAUUGUUUAUAACACAUCUUUGCUGCUAUCUUUUCAGAGUUUUCAUCAGAGCUUUUUCUUCCUCUGUCGUCUUAAUGCAUAGUGGCAGAAUUCCUAUGUUGAGAUAUACCUGUGACUCAAGCAUUAAAUCACUGCAUGUGCCUGUGCGAAAGUUUGAGUAGUAUAGCGCAUUUUCAAACUAGGAUGUUGGCCAUGAUGCGUGAUGAAUCUCUCUGAAAGUUGGUGUGUCCUGGACGUCAGAGAGUACAGAUAGCUCUGGACACCAGAUUCAUCAGUGCCAAAGAAGAAAUGUUGGAUGAAGAUAUCUCAUUAUAUAGAUGCUGUAGAAUUCCUCGGCCAAAUCGAAGAGAUUGUGUCCAAACAUCGCGACAGCAAGAUUCCUCUUGCAAAGCCGAAAAGUUAUGAGUUGAGAAUCGGGGGUCUGGAGGAAACUGUCCACGCUGGAGAUGGUGAACAGUUAGAAGUUUGGAAAGACUGCUACCUUCCAGAGAGAAUGGAGAUGGUGGUCAUUGGUGCCCUGGAUGACUUCCGCUGUUCAGCGGCGGGAUGGCAGCUGGUUCUCCUGUUAUGUGAAGAUGGCAAAGUCUACGCCUAUGAGUUUGAAGUUCUACACCUGGUUGCCAGAAGCUUGGAGGAUCUCUUUGAAACUGGAGCUGAGUUUCCAGGACUGGAGAAAUUCAGAUUUGGAGAAUGCUUUGAGGAAUUGUUUGAGGAAGAGAUGAAGAAAGAGAUGCAAUGUGAUGAAAUAAAGAAAAUCGAUGAUGAGCAUAUUCACUUCCGAAGAAGAUUGGCGAUUGAGAUGCUGGAGGAUCUCAAAGCAAUCAAGCAAUCUGAGUCAACCAUUCAGCACAACAAAGUAAUGAAGAGCCAAGUCGAAACCGGAUCUUCCAGAGAAUUAUACACAGGCUUUUAAAAAGCUAGCCAGCUUAAGAUAGCUUCACAUUCCAGCUUUGGCUUCAUCCCUACUACGAAGGUGGAUUGAUAAUGCAGCUGCCGCUAACUCAAGCAGGCUUGUAACUACUCGUGCAUGUCGCACAUGGCUAGUCGAAUGCCAAACUAUUCAUUGAGACAAUGCUGAACCAUCAAUCCACAGGGAAUCUGUGCCACAUUUUCAUUUUUGCUAAAGCAACAUGAAAGAAAAGUUAUUUAGCAAAUUCAGCAGGCAAUACUGAUAAAUAGGCUAUUAGAAGUGCUUUUUUUCUUUUAUUACUUAUCGUUAAUGCCGUUUUUGCUUAUCAAUGCACAAGCACCUUUUCCCCCACCUAUCGAUAAAAUAAUGUUAUAAAGUCUAAAAUAGACGCUGUAAAAACAACAAUUAAAAUAAUGAAUACCCAUGUGAGCAAAUGAUUACUUUCCAGACAGACAUUAUUUUCAUCAUAGGUAGUACUCUUGUAUAGUGAAUGCAUAUGACAUUUUAUUUUAUCUGUAUUUUUUUGUAAAUAAAUUGAUCAUUUGUAUUAAAAAUGUGUUUAUGUGUA